AUGACCACCGCCAACGGCGCGGCACCAGACCACGAGGCAUCGCCGGCGAGCCCCACUCACUCUGCUUCAUCGUCCGUCUCGCCACGAGCGAGUCUUCACGGCCACGGUCGGACGUGGUCAAGACUGUCGAACCAAUCGCGACAUCAGCCCCGGUCGAACCGAUUCUCGUUACAAUUCCCUAUUCAGCCCUCGGGCUCCAAUACCCCAGUGCAAGCCGCGUCACCAACACUGGAGCCUGCAGCAAGUAGUCCAGAUGUGCAGGCCGCUCUUGAUGGUGGCGCUGUCUCGGACAGUACCUCUUUCUUAACUCUGAUAGCCUCACAGGAGCGAAAAGUGCUGGAAUUAAAGGAGGAGGUGCUCAGGGCCGAGGCAGAUCUCGACAAGCUGAAGAAACAAUGGGCACUACACGAAGCAAAGAGGAAGCGAGAAGAUGUGAAGCGUUCGACUAAGCUGCAGACACUCCAGACCUCGCUGCCCGCUGCAGAUUCGGAAGACGAUACGAACGGAUCAAAUGCGUGGAUGCAGCAGGAGAUGGCAAGGAGGAAGGCCCUUCUCUCCAGGAGCAACACAACAGGCGGGCGCACAGUGAUCCCAGGCCAGCGGCAUACCCGCGCCUUGUCCCUGCUCACGCCGGCGAGAGAUAAUGUUCGUGAGCUGCCAACUCUGACAGCACAGCGACUACCACCACCACGGCGAGAUAGCCUGAGAGGUCCUAUGCUUCAAAGUACUGAAGCUGUUGUUCCGGCUGCUCGACCGCCACUCGUCCCAAAGGGACAUGAAUAUGGUGAUUCAGCGCGUAGUGUGGACAAAAAAGCAGAUCCGAACCUUGAUUCGACGCAAAGGGCGAGCAUUGAUCAAGAUGCAUUGCUGCGGACUAGUAAGAAAAUGGCGUCUGAAUUCAAAGACGGGCUCUGGACGUUCUGGGAAGACUUGAAGCAGGCAACUGUGGGAGAAGACCACCACUCUGUUCCGCCGCCUCGAAAGAAGAGCUCCACUCAGACGCUUGACGCAUUGAGGAAGCAGGGGAGCAAGAACAGCCUGCGCCCUAGCUCUCGAGGCUCGUCUACCGUCAGCAAAGCAUCUGUAGAGACCAAGCGACAAGUACCAGCCCGCAAGCAAUCCGCACCCUCAGCUAUACCAGAUCUUGCCGACCCUUCCUUCUGGUCAAACAAUGGAGUCUUGCCACCAACACAGGGCACUCAACCGCAAGUUAAGAAGGCGACCGCCUCUAAACACACUCGUCAGCCUUCUGUGAAGAGGCUAUCAGCUGUAUCGAAUGAUGCCUGGGACACAUGGGAUGAUAGCCCUGAACAGUCUCGCUCAUCCUCCAGUGUGACGUCCGACACUAACACUCUGCCCUCUUCCACUGUGUCAGUCAGUCCCCGAUCAUCGGGUUUGAACGCAUUUGAGCCACUUGAGCCAACAAAACGGGACUCGAUCCCGUGGCCGGCUCUCAAGAAAUCGGCAGGCUCGUUGAGGAGAACAGCAAGCCAUCUCAUGUCAGAAUGGGAGAAGUCACUCACCCCCAGCCCAGGAGAGGAAUUUACUGGACAGGAAGAUUACAUGGGUGCUGGUGCUGAAGCCGCGGCGUUUGGAGCAAAGAAGAGGAUAGCCUGAUCAAUGAUGGUGUAGUGGUGAUCUCCGGGACACGGGCAUGUAGAUAUAUGAUGAAUUUAGACGAACCUGCGAAUUAC